AAAGCGGACAUAUCAGUGUGUUGUACUCUACAGCUGCCACACGCCCCGCCCGCCCGUUACUCCCCUGGUCGGUGCCGCUGAACCCCGCCAUUCACCGCCGUUCGCUAUUGUAGAGCUUCCACACCCCCUGUUGUUGACAGCGUGAUCGUGUUUCAACAUGUAUUCGAAUAACCAGUUCAUGGAUGCCCGACCGGCGCCCCGACCACCGACCGAUCGUCCCCGCCUUGCCCUGACACCGAACACCAGCAGCACUCUGCCUGGCAACAUGGCCGGUCUGAGCAUGCAGUCGCCCGCUUAUGGCCAGUCGUUGUCCCGCUCGCAGACGGAAAGGAGCGUCUCCUCGUCUUCCGUAGUCAAGGAGGGUAUGGUCAAAGUGAAGGAUGAGGGUCUAUUCAAGUCAUUCGUUUGGGCAGAUCGGUGGCUGGUCUUGAAAGAAUUUGAGCUGAACUUCUUCAAGAGUGCCAAUGCAUCCAAGGUGUCCAACACAAUCCAGCUGCGAGACAUUCUUGGCGUAGAACGGUCUGAUACACAGCCGCUUUCGUUCGAAAUCACACGGUCGCUCAACUCCAGCAAAGGCUCGUCACCUCCUCGCGACGGACCGACGAAAGUCAUUACAUGCAAAGUGGAAACAGACGAUGAUGUCUAUUCCUGGAUCGACAGCAUCUACCAACGCUGCCCUAGCAUGGGCGGCGUCAGCAACCCCACAAACUUCACGCACAGAGUCCACGUCGGCUUUGACCCUACAAGCGGCGCGUUUGUUGGUUUGCCAGUUGAAUGGGAGAAGCUGCUGACAGCAUCCGCAUUGACAAAGGAUGAUUACGCAAAGAAUCCUAAAGCUGUGCUCGAGGUACUUGAGUUCUACACCGAGAAGCUUGUCAAGCGAUCCGAAGACCCCCAGCAGUACUCGAGCCUUACGCCCACCCCUGGUGUCAACACUGGAUCAGAGAAGCAGCUUGGCUAUGGUGGCGGAGGAAACUCGGUUGCGCCGCCUCGCCCUGCGCCGCCAGCUCAGUACCAGCGCAAGGACAGCUACAGCAUGGGCUCACGCCAGGAUACACCACCGUCAGGUGGAUAUGCAGCUCCGCUCCAAAACAGCGCCAACUCGGCCGACCGCUACGAUCAAGAACGACGCAGACAGGAAGAACAAGUGCGAAUGCAACGCGAGCGAGAGAGGGAAAGGCAAAGGCAAGAACAGGAGCGGCGAGACCGCGAUGAGAUGGCUGCGUACAAUGCUUCAAUACCUCAAAAGAAGCUUCCAAUGGCUCAGCAAGAGAUCGGUGGCGGCGGUUACGAAGAUAGAGAUGAUAAUGGGGCACGCUACAAUCCCUCUCGCCCAGCUCCUUCGACGCCAGGCUCUCAAAGAGCCCCAGCAGCUCAAGCUCCCGGGUCGCUCCGCCAAAUGGCAGCCCAGCGUCCUGCACCCCCUGCUCCAAAACAGCAGCAAAACGGCUCUGGCUACAGUCCUUCGAAAAUUCCUACUUCACAGCAACGACCACCUAUACAACCAAGUUCGAGCUACUCGGGAUCGCAGAACCAGGUUCCCCAAGUUCGUGCUCAACCACAGCCACAGAAGCAGUACCAGGGUUCAUCUGCAGCACCCAAGCCACUGAACGUGGCAAAGCCCACAGGAGCUCCAAUGAACGAUGCAGUCAAGAAAGCCGAAGCAGCGCUCACAAGCAAGCCGAAGGAAGAGACGCCACGCAAGGACGUUCGCAUGUCGAGCAUGUCUGAGACCGAAGUAAUGGCCAAACUUCGCGAAGUCGUCUCAAAGGACAAGCCUCUUGAAUCCUACAACAAGCAGAAGAAGAUCGGUCAGGGUGCCAGUGGUUCAGUCUACGUGGCGCGCAUCCGUGAAGGCGCAACCUCCGCCAUGGCACGUCGCAUUCUGCAAGAGAACGGACCACGCGCCCAGGUCGCCAUCAAACAAAUGGACCUGCGUAAUCAACCUCGCAAGGAGCUGAUUGUCAACGAAAUCAUCGUAAUGAAGGACAGCAAGCAUCCGAACAUUGUCAACUUCCUUGACGCUUUCCUGCAAGAAGAGCAGUCAGAGCUCUGGGUAGUUAUGGAGUUCAUGGAGGGUGGUGCUUUGACCGAUGUCAUUGACAACAACCCAACCAUCACCGAGGACCAGAUCGCCACCAUUUGCUUCGAGACUUGCAAGGGCUUGGAGCAUCUGCACAACCAGAACAUUAUCCACCGAGACAUCAAGAGUGACAAUGUCCUACUCGAUGGCCGUGGUAACGUCAAGAUCACCGAUUUCGGAUUCUGCGCCAAGCUUACAGAACAACGAUCCAAGCGUGCGACCAUGGUGGGUACGCCGUACUGGAUGGCACCCGAGGUCGUCAAGCAGAAGGAGUAUGGCAACAAGGUUGAUAUCUGGUCGUUGGGUAUCAUGGCUAUCGAAAUGAUUGAAUCCGAGCCGCCCUACCUCAACGAAGAGCCCCUGAAAGCGCUCUACCUCAUUGCCACAAAUGGAACACCCCGCCUCAAGAAGCCAGACAAGCUUUCCAAGGAGCUCAAGGCCUUCCUGUCCGUCUGCCUAUGCGUCGAUGUCAAGAGCCGAGCAAGCGCAUCUGAGCUCAUGAGUCACGACUUUCUCAAGAGUGGAUGCAGUCUCAACAGCCUGAGCCAGUUGCUAAACUUCAGGAAGAACGGCAGCCACUAAAGCGCCUACCAGAAUCCGGAGAAGAGAGCACCCGGGGCAGCGCAACGUAAUAAUCUUUUCUGGGCCUUGCAAAUCUUGAUCGAUACCCUUUCUAUAUCUUUUCGUCAAUACUUGUGACCGGCAAGCAUGCGCCUGCAGCGUACGGGCGAGCGAGCGCGCGGCGCGUGGUGGAACGCCGCGGGACCAGGCGGGCCAGUCCAGCCAGUGCGCGUGGUGCAGUGCCGGGUCGUUG